GGGGUCGAUUUUUUGUAACGAGCGCUACCAGUCACAUUGAUCAUCAGAGUUACUUCCCCUGAUAAAUCGAGAAAUUAUUUUUUUCUGUAUUUUCUUCCCUACUUUGCUUCUAUAGAGGAUUAAAUUUGCGAGGUUGCCUAACUUCCCAGUAGUUUUAUUGCAAUCAAUGCAGUGGUUCUUCCUAUCACACUGGCUAAAGAGAAUGCAUGUUGGAGGACACACAGCGACCCAGUGAGCAGAAGGGUUCGGUGCAGAGAGUUGGAGAAUUCAUGUUGAGGCAGGCAAAGGUGUUUUUUGAAUCGUUCAGAGGACGAGGUAUAAAGACCAUAGUAGACAGGAAAAAUGGAGAUUUCCUUCUCCACUACACAGGUGAACUUAUAACAGGUGAAGAAGGUGAUAGAAGGGAAGCAAAAAACUCAACAGGCUUCCGUUUCUUUUUCAUAUCCAAAGGCAAGCAGUUAUGCGUAGAUGCUUCUGAAGAAAGUGGAAGACUUGGAAGACUGGUAAACCAUGGUCAUAAAAAAGAACUGAAUGCUGUGAUGAAGGAAGUUAGUGGGCAGUUGAUCCUGUUUGCACAAAGGGACAUCUGUGCAGGUGAAGAGCUACUUUACGAUUAUGGAUUAAAGGAAUACCCCUGGACACAGGUCACAGUAUCAACAGUGACUCAGAUGAGACCAAUGUGGAACAAUCCUCUCCAGUUACAGCUGUUGAAGACCAACUGACAUGUACAGCCAGAGUUGAAAGUCCUUCCUUCCAAGAUAACACACCUGAUGCGUCUGACACAAACACCGUACAUCAGACUUCCAGCACUGAAGGGGACACACUUGAGACCAAUGUGGAACAAUCCUCUUCAGUUACAGCUGUUGA